GUUAAGAGUUUCCACGACAUGAGAAAUCGCUCGAACUACGCAUGUCCAGGGUCUCAGAUCUCUGGGGGAGAAGCACGUUACUGGGAAAUUCCUGCGGCCGAAAGCGGUAAUGUCCGGUGCUGCGCGAUAGCAGACCAGGCCUUUGGCAGGAUCCAGCUCCAUUAACUGACGCUCGACUAUAUGGAACCUUUUCGUCCGUGAACCAAGCAGUCAGCUCACCCAUCUACAGCCAAUCAUGUCUGAUGGACCAAACUGGACAGGAGCCCAUAUCCAAUGGCCAGCGAAUGUUGGAAUCAAGGGCAUCGAGAUAUAUUUUCCGUCUAAGUAUGUUGACCAGACAGAUCUGGAAGCACAUGACGGCAUCAGCGCCGGAAAAUAUACUAUCGGUCUUGGCCAGAAGCAAAUGAGUUUUUGCGACGACAGAGAAGACAUAUACUCAUUCAGUCUCACCGUGGUAUCUUCGUUGAUCAGAAAAUACGAUAUUCAGCCAGCAUCCAUUGGAAGGCUUGAAGUCGGCACCGAAACGCUACUUGACAAGUCGAAGUCUGUAAAAUCUGUCUUGAUGCAACUUUUUGAAGAGUCUGGCAAUACCGAUGUUGAAGGUGUCGACACGAUAAACGCUUGUUAUGGCGGCACAAACGCCUUCUUCAAUGCUGUGCAAUGGAUCGAAUCAAGCCACUGGGACGGCAGAGAUGCCAUUGUCGUAGCCGGAGACAUUGCAAUUUACGACAAGGGACCUGCUCGCCCUACAGGAGGUGCUGGUGCUGUUGCUCUCUGGAUCGGUCCCAAUGCACCUAUCGUGUGCGAAUCUGGUCGUCGAGGAUCGUACAUGCAGCAUGCAUACGACUUUUACAAGCCAAACUUCAAAGCUGAGUAUCCGGUCGUCGAUGGCCAUCUCUCGAUUGACUGCUACUUCAAAGCCCUCGAUGCUUGCUACUCUGCAUACACAGCACGAGCAGCAGCAAUGGACAAACGAGUGGCGCAUGUUCAGAGCGCCUACGUCAAUGCCGAGUCAAACCGAGGCAAGCAACAUAAGGGGAUAACUUCACCUCCUAGUCCUCCGGACGAAGCCGAUGCACUUGCUCUGGUCGAGAACCAUAAGCCACAAGUCUCAACACUCCAGAAGUUUGAUCUCAUGUGUUUCCAUUCGCCAAACUGCAAGCUCGUGGCAAAAUCAUUUGCACGCCUCAACUUCCUGGACUUCAAACAUGGCCAAGAGCACGAUACCCUGGAAGAUUUGCGCAACAACUUUGACCCUCUCACUAUCGCAGAUCCCACCAAAGAUAAAGUGGUUGAGAGCGCCUUCAUGAAGUCAAGUGCAGAUCUGUUCUCCGCAAAGGUCGAUUCGAGCUUGCUUCUCGCGCGAUCGUGUGGUAACAUGUAUACCGCAAGCUUGUUCGGAGGUUUAGCCAGCUUGAUCGCGUCAAGAGACAGUGAGAGUCUCCUGACCAAACGUAUUGGUAUGUUUUCAUAUGGCUCUGGGCUCGCAAGUUCGAUGUUCUCGCUUCGCAUUGUCGGGGAUACGCAGAACAUGCGGGAAGCAAUGAAUCUUGACUCUCGGCUCGCGGCGAGAAUUAGAUGCACUCCUACCGAGUUUGAGAAUGCUUUGGCUCUGAGAGAAGAUGCGUAUGGAAAGUCGGACCGGGCUCCAAUUGGGGAUCGCAAAGCUCUGGUGCCUGGGACUUGGUAUCUCAAUAAUGUUGAUCAACUCUAUCGUAGAAGCUAUGAGGUAGCCGCUUGAGGAAGUAGAAUGGGGCAUUUCAUAGCUAGUGUAUGUUGUCAACCAAGGUUCCCUUAAUCUUCUCAGAGCGUCCGAUGUAUCCAAACUCGAAUACACUG